GUGGGUUGGUUGGGUCAAAGGCUCCCAGUACAGCAGAAAGACAGGUACAAGGGACUCUGAGCGGUGACCCAGCAGCAGAACAACCUAACUGCCAAAAAAUUACUUAGAAGGUGCUGUCAAGAGCUCUGAUCUCUGUUCAAUCAGUGUCCGAGAAUCAGAAGACAUGGAGUCUGCAUUGAUGAUUGGAGUAAUUCCUGUGCUGUACUCAAUGGCGAGUGACAAAUCUGGCUACUAUACUGGGCGGACACUGUGGUUAGGACUAAUCUCAGUAUACAGCAUGGUGGUGUAUGUGGUCCGGCUGCCAUGGUACCGCAUCUACGAUGAUUUCAAAUGCCAUGAAAAUAUCACCUACCCUUGUCUUACGGAGUGUUUUGAACAGCUGUUUAGCAUUCCCAUUUCAGAAAUGUGGGGCUACUGCUACUUCCUCUUCAUACUCUUGUUCUUCCUCAUGGAAUACUUCAUGGCUCAGAUUCGGCAUAAUUACACCAAGGUAAAGAUGGAGACCAUGCAGCAACCUGAGAACUCAGAGGAAGUGGAGAAGGGCUCCAUGGAGGCAAUCAGGAAGCAGAGCCCCUCCCAGAAGAUCGCCCUUCUGAAGUUCCACCAGGAGAAGAAGCUCUUAUAUCUAUACCUGCUCCACUUCCUCCUGCAGGUUGGCCUCCAGACUGUGCUUCUAUGCCUGCUCACAUUCAAACACCUGCCUGUGAUAAGCCAAAACAACUUCUAUUGUAGCACCAAUGACUGCCCUGGCCCCUAUCAUUGUCUCAUCUGGGAAGUCUCUGAGAAGUGGCUGUCCAUCUACACCCUCAGCACCUUUUCAGCCAUAAUCAUCCUCCUCGGCAUAGGCUCCUUUGUAUACGGCAUCUACCAUUACUUGCUGAGGGCCCGCUCAGUUUCCAAGAGUUGGAUUUCUUGACAUUUAUGAGGAACAAUACUUUUCUUAAGUCUUUUCUACCCCAUAACGGGUAGUUUUGGUUCCUCCAAAUUUGUGGUGGGGGGGGAGGGGGAGAG